UUUUGUCCAGCAAACCUCAGAGUCUACAAAAAUGACCAGAAGACCAACUCCAGUAAUGACCAGUUUGACUCGAGCUUCUAUCUCCCCCAGUCUGAAAGCAACACCUGCACCCUCAGACUGGGUCACUUAUGGUGUUUUAGCUGGUAUAAGUCUGCUGGUCAUCAUUAUCAUUGCCAGUUUGUACUACUGGUGGCAAACUAGAAAGAGGAGAAGGCGGAAAUCAGCAGAAAACAGAAUUAUAGAAGCUCUAGAAAGACUGGGUCAAAGCAACCCAACCCUUCCAUCUGAGCACGAAGCGAGCUCAUCCAGCCAUGUUAACAUUAAUGACCCAGCGCCUGGUCCAAGCGAACGAAUCCCUGGCAUUGCAGACGGUUGGGAGAUCCCGGAGACUAACAUCCACCUUCAGACUGAGCUGGGGAGUGGACAGUUUGGUAAGGUGUACAAAGGGGAGGCCUACGGGAUCGACCGACAACAGGAGUGGAGGACAGUGGCCAUAAAGACACUUAGAACAGAAGACCAGAAAGCCCAGGAUGACUUUGUGAAGGAGCAGAGAGUGAUGAGUAAACUGCAGCAUGGCCAGCUGGUCAGGAUGCUGGGAUGCUGCACUACAUCAGAUCCCUUGCUUCUUAUCAUGGAGUACAUGGAAAACGGUGACCUUGCCAAGUUCCUGAGGAAAAACCAUGAUGAUUUCCAUAGUGAUGGGCCCUGCCCUGGUAACCAUGGAGGCCAGCUGUGCCUCACCCCCAAACGACUGGCUACAUUUGCAAAUGACACGGCCAGGGGAAUGGGUUACUUGGAAAGCAAAAACAUUGUUCAUCGGGACCUUGCAGCUCGUAACAUCCUGUUGAACAAAGACUACAUGUGUAAAGUCAGUGACUUUGGGCUUGCCAGGGCCAUUUAUGAUGCUGAAUCUUACAUGAUUCAGGAUAGGAGCCGACCUCUGCCAGUGUUCUGGAUGUCUUUAGAAUCCCUGUAUGAAGGAGAGUUUACCACCAAGAGUGACGUGUGGGCAUUCGGCGUAGUGCUGUGGGAACUAGCAACACUGGGAGGACGACCCUACCCUGGUAUGGAUAUGAUGCAAGUCCAGCGAGAACUGAGAAGAGGCUACCGCAUGCCCAAACCAAGGAACUGUACUGAGGAGAUGUACGUGUUGAUGCGGUGGUGUUGGGAGAGAAACCCCGACCGUCGCCCCUCCUUCCGCCAGCUGGUCGCUGAGACAAACAAACUGAAACAAGACAGGCCCAGGCCCAGUGUAUUUCUGAGGUGA